GAAAGUCUAUGCGGGGAGAAGAAGAAUGGCUACAGCUAAUGUUAGCUAGCAGGUGGGGCUCGAGAAAUGUUGCGCUCUCGAUUUGUUUUGUCUUAUGUUCUCUUCUAGCAGGGCACAGCAGUGACCGGAACUCUCUCUGCCGACAGUACAGCGACUCGGGCAGAAAGUGCUCACCAGAGUGUGUCGUUAGAGUAAUUUAUUAGUUUUUGCGUGGCUGCGUGAGUGUUUGUACAGGAGGAGGGGGUCGUCUCUCCUCCGGUCAGCUGUCCGUCAGUUUAACGUCAGCAGUCAUGGCAGCUCCAGUGAACAUCCAGACUCCCAGUAAGACUUGGGAGCUGAGUCUGUACGAGCUCCACAGGAGCCCCCAGGAGGCCAUCAUGGACGGGACGGAGGUGGCCGUGUCUCCUCGCUCUCUGCACAGCGAGCUGAUGUGUCCCAUCUGUUUGGACAUGCUGAAGAACACCAUGACGACCAAAGAGUGUCUGCACCGCUUCUGCUCCGACUGCAUCGUCACCGCGCUGCGAUCAGGGAACAAAGAGUGUCCAACGUGCAGGAAGAAGCUGGUCUCCAGGCGCUCGCUGCGCAGAGACUCAAACUUCGAUGCGCUGAUCUCCAAGAUCUACCCGAGCCGGGACGAGUACGAGGCCCACCAGCGCCGCGUCCUGGAGCGUCUCAACAGGCUGCACAACAAGGAGGCGCUGAGUUCCAGCAUCGAGGAGGGGCUCCGGCAGCAGGCCCGCUACAGGUCCGAGAGGAAUCACCGGGUGAAGAAGCCGACACAGGAGAGUGACAACACCACCUUCAGUGGCGGGGAGGAGAACGGCGACGCCCGCUCACAUGUGUCUCACGACUCCGCCCCCUCGCACGCUCCCCACCCGAUUGGCCAAACCGCCUCAGAGGCCGGGCCGAGCCGCAAGCGACCGCGUGCGUCAGAUGACGGCUCGGCGGGCGAGGCGGACAGCGGCAGCCCCACCCCUCCACGAAGACGCCACCGAGAGGGGCCGGGCUCCGAGAUCGAGCUGGUGUUCAGACCACACCCACAGCUGGUCCACCCCCAGGACUACAACCAGACCAGAUUUGUGAAGACGACGGCCAACGCCACAGUGGACCAUCUGUCGAAAUACCUCGCCCUGCGCGUCGCUCUGGAGGACAGACGCACCAACGGAGAGACGGAGGACAAAGGGAGAGACGCAGAAGGAGGAGAAAGUGAAGGAGCAGCAGGAAGUGGAGAGGGAUCGAGUCUGGGCACCAUCAGCGAGAAACAGUACACCAUCUACAUCAUGACGAGAGGAGGACAGUUCACUACGCUGAACGGCUCUCUGACUCUGGAGCUGGUCAACGAGAAGUACUGGAAGGUCAGGAAGCCUCUGGAGCUUUACUACGCUCCCACCAAGGAGCAACAACAACCACCGCAGGAGUCUCCCCCUCCUCCCCCUCCUCCUCCUCCUCCUCCCCCUCCUCCUCCUCAGAGGGAGGCCUGAGCUGCUCUGCUUUCCUCACCUCCUCAGUCAGCCACAUUGUCUUCUGAAGGUUCAGUCGCCACAGUUUGUCUUCACUUAACUCAGUCUCAUUUGAUUUCAGCUACAAACUGAACUGCUUUCAUUUGGAACAAAAUCUUAACAGACAGACGACUGAAGACCAGACCUCGUCUUCAGAACUGAAGCCUGACUCUCCACUGUGGCCUGGAGAUGAGGUCACUUCCUCCAUCUGUUCGCUCCUGAUGCUCCUGCAACUCAUUGGCUUCUGCUUCACAUCCUUUUACUAUAUAACAAAUAUUUUACGGCUGAACACAUUUAGUCUGCAGCUGCAAACUUCUCUGAUCCGUGUCAUAAAACAUACAAACAACAAAUCGAAAAUCCGAAAAUUGGAAAAUGUAUUAAAGGGACAGUUCGUCCUAUAAUCAAAGUUACAUGUUUCUCCUGUUCUCCGUAGUUCAGUUUGUACGUCUGAUGGUUUCGGUGUGAGCUGCAGGGUUUUGGGUUCUGAAGACGUCUGCCUUCUCUUGAAUGUAAUGGAACUAAAUGGCGCUAAAUGCAUCUGAAAAGAUCAACAGCAGUACCCUGUUACUCCCCGUAAUCCAGAGCUGCUUGUGCGCAGUUUCCUCUAGGAUGUUUUCUUUCCGAAUCGCCGCGCAGAAGAAGAACGUGCAGACUCAGGGAUGAGUGGACGUUUCGUUACAUUGAGGAGAGAGCAGACAUUUCUACAGCCAGUAUCUCCAAAACUCUGCCAGACUGUCCAGUCCCUUUGGGGCCGUGCAUCUGGACGCCCAUUUCAGUCAGGAGAAAUUUAAAAAAAAAAAGGAACAGGAAGUUAGAAAGAAGUCAGUCAACAUUAUUAGAUUAGAAGUGAAAAAUUGAAACUGACAAGAGUCUAAACUUUUCUUUGUGGGGUACCAAGUGAUAAUUUUGAGAAUUUUCUUACUCCCAGCAGAAAACAGGACGAUGAAGUAAACGAGACAGAAUCCGUCCAGGUGUUCAGACUCACCUUAACUUCUGUCCUCAAACAGAAAUGACCAAUCAGAGCAGUGAAAUAAAAAUAACGAAAAGACUGUUACGAGGCUUUUGGAAGACUGAAGUUGUUGGUGAAUCACUGAGGGAAAUAAAUCGCCCUGAUGUGACUCUCAUCAGAAGUCAGAACUGAAGCUGAAGGGUGGUUUUCUGAGGGGCGCUGGAGCAUAUCCCAGCAUGCACCAGGCACAGACGAGGUGACUGUGGUUGGGGUUUAUUUCUUCAUUCAUUCCACAUAACGGAUUUGUGCCGCUACGUUUUACUCAUCUGCUAUAUUUUACUAAAGAUGAGACAGUUUUCUCAUUUCCCAGCAAAAUAAAGCUUUAACAUCCACCCGUUUGUUCUUUAAACACAUUUGCAGGUUUAGUUUGUGUAGAAAAGCUUUUGGUUCUGAAGUUUGCAUGAAAUGUUCUGUAACUCUGCAGAAGAUGGUCUCAUCUCGAAAAGCCAUAGACUGUGGUUGGGUUUGACCCGAUUUUGCUCCACGUUGAUCGUUUUUGCACUUUACACGAGUUUCCUGCAGCUACGCAAGUUUUCCUGCCUUACCUCAGUUUUUACUGAAUAACUAUGUUAAAAAUUAUGCAAACACUGCCCUUCUGUUGUCAUUUCAGCAACGCAGCACAAUAAACU